UUCCUGGAUACGCCCCUGCCACAAUCUUCGGAUCAAUGUUGUGCUUCGUCGGUCAAAAUUAUUUGUAGGCUAUUUCAUAUAACCUGUCAAUCAUCUAAAAAAAUAUCUCCAUGGGAAUAUACAAGCUUUAAAAAGCGCAACACUGCGCCUCGCUAUCAAUUUCAGCCCAUAACCAUCCAAUCCAUCCAUCCAUCGCUCCAACAUGCGCUCCCAGGUGUGGUGACGAGGACAACGCGGAAGUGUCAACAGCACUGAGUGCCGCUGGAGUCAACUGUCCUCAGACACGAUGUCCAGCAACGACGAUAUCAGAUACUGUCACCGAUGCUCCUACAUUCUCCUUAAAUUCACCCUGUUCGCCUAUGCCAUCGUCUGGUGGUUGAUAGGAGGCUUCAUUCUGUCCAUUGGCAUCUAUGCUGAGGUGGAGAGGCAACGCUACAAGACACUGGAGGGAGUGUUUUUGGCGCCGGCGAUAAUCCUGAUCCUUCUGGGAAUCAUCAUGUUUAUUGUUUCACUCAUUGGAGUCUUGGGUUCACUGAGGGAUAAUAUAACCCUGCUGAAAGUGUUCAUGUACACCCUCACCGUGUGUCUGAUCCUCGAGCUUCUGGGAGGAAUAUUGGCGCUGGUGUUCCACAACCAGACUGUGGAUUUGCUGAACAAGAACAUCCGAAGAGGCAUAGUGAACUACUAUGACGACCUGGACUUCAAAAACCUCAUGGACUUUGUACAGGAGAAGUUUAAGUGCUGCGGAGGUCAAGAGUAUACGGACUGGUCGGUCAACAUGUACCACAACUGUUCUGCACCCGGCCCAUUGUCCUGCGGUGUCCCUUAUACCUGCUGCAUUACUACCAAGCCUAAUGAAGUGGCAAACACUAUGUGUGGCUACAAGGUGUUGCAAAAAGAGCGUUUGGACUUGAUCUCAACGAUCCACAUCAGAGGCUGCACUGACGCGUUCUUCAUCUGGCUGAUGGACAACUAUAAGAUUAUGGCUGGACUGCUACUGGGGAUACUACUGCCUCAGUUCUUUGGUGUGAUAGUCAGCUGGCUGUACAUCACUCGCGUCGAAGACUCCAUCAAUGAGUAUGGUCACUACAUGGACCUACUGGACUCGAGCCCACAUCAAAGAGCCACCAAGAGUCACGGCCACAUGGCCAAAUGGUUUAUGUGUAUGCCAGAGAUUGACUGACAGCCUGCAGGUUUACUAUAUGCUCACUCCACUGUGGAGAAAUAAAUGUGUUGAUGUUUUGGGGUUUUUUGGGAUGAAAGAACUGUUGAACAACCAGAUUCCCCGUUCAGUUGUACUGUUAACUUACUGUAAGUAUCCAACACAGGAAAUGUUUGCAUGACAAUGUGGUGUAAAUGAUUAAUUACUGUGUUAACAUACUAAUGCAUGCGUGGGGAACAAGAGCUCAUUUAGCGUUUAGCUGCAUUGUGCCCAAGAGAGUCUCAGGGAUAAACGCAGAAACUAAUGCUUUUACUUUCGCUUCUGGUUUUAUAAUAUGACAUGAAAUGAGUUCAGUUCCUUCAAACAACCACAAAAUACAGCACUGACUUCUUUUCUUACUUUUAUACCUGUGUUUAUUGUUAGAUCUUUUAAAGCAUUGCUCGGCUCCUCUAAACAACCUCUGGUGAAGCAGCAUCUAUCGUUCAACCACGACUAUUGCACAAAAGCUCUAAUGCAAGACGUUGUAUGCGAAGACACUUUCUCUCAUUUAACAGCUGGACAUGUUUGCCUUAUUUGUAUAUAGAUCAAACGAAUACUUUGAGUCUAAAAAUGAAUAUGUUGAACUUUGAGCCUGUGGAAUAAGUUUUUGUUUUUACAGCAUCCUGCAGUGAUGAUGUGUCCAGCACAAUAAGUGUUGUCUAUGAUACUUCUUCUCCAUCAAAGCCUUAACUUUGACUUCUUAAAAUACAUUUCCUGUUCAUCUUCAGUCAACUUACUAGUAUAAUGAGAAAAUGAAGAAAAGUUCAAGAUGACCAGCUUUAUAUUGAUUUAAAAAGAUGACUGCUGAGGCUGUGCCACUGCCACUACAAGAGUAUAACUCAGCGUUAUUACGUACAGCAACCAUGUCUCCACAAAUGUAUGGACUAACUUGCUUUGAGUCUUAAACCUGAAUUAGUUUUUUUUUUUCAAACAUGACUAAAUGUGUUCAUGGAUAAACCCACAGAAAGUACAAGUUUCAACAAAUGGAGCAUGCAUUUCAAUUUGGUUCUUUUCAGUCAAUGCCAAACAGGAUUUACCUCUGCCCAUAAGUUUGCACUGAAGGGUCAAAUAGAGAUUGCCAGGACUUUAUUCUCAUCAUAUGGUUGCAUAUCAGGGCCAGAUAUAUAAUAAUCCUGAUUAAAUUAAGAGAGUAAAUGUUGGGUUGUCCCUCGGAAACAUUUAUUUUUAUUGUUUUUAUAUGUGCAACAGUUACUACUUGUGUCUGUUCAGGCUUUUUGACGCAUCUAUUUGUGUCAAUGAACAAGGAAAACCGUCAAAUUUAACAUUCAGCAACAUACGACAGUGAGACGAAUACGUUUAUGACGUUAUAGAUCGUCUUAGAUUAUAAAUGAGACCUCUCCCAUUUAGUCCAGCUUAUCAGUUGCAUUUGCAGUAUAAAAGUAUCGGCCUUUUUUUUUUUUCUUAAGCUAAAAUUGUAUUGACCCAGCUUUACUGGAAAAUAUAACUUCUUUCUACAUUUUAUGUCCUUUUUCUCAGUCAUUUCUGUGAAGUCUAAUCAUACUGUGUAAUACUUACAACCAAAGAAAGUCCAUACAGUACUUGCUGCCUUUUAACAUGUACAGCUUGGAAGAUGUUUGUAUUAACAUGUUGCAUGACAUUAAUAUCUCAGUGAUGGUAAUGAUGACCUUUCUGUAACCAUCAUCACUAUAGUCUACGAUCUCGUACACAUCACAGUUAAAGUGCCCACGGCGUCACUUUAAAGGAAUAAGAUGAGACACGGACGUCUAUCCCAAGCUGUCUUAUUAGUUCGAUAGCUGCCGAGACAUUCGGCCCGCCACCACUUUGUGUGCUGUGUGCGCAUCAUUAGUCCUGUGCUUCAUGCCAGUGCAUACACUCAUUACGUGGGUGGCCUCACUGGGAACUGCAUCAUAUGUUGUUAAAGUUAUAUGAAUCUUCAGUUCAUUGAGUUGUACAAAACCACAUUUAUUGAAAGAAGGAUGUCAAGUGGUUGUGCUUGGUUGAGGGUGGAAAAUAAAAAUAUUUAAUACUG